GCCUCGGUGAGGAAGGUGACACCGCCAUGGGCCUUCACUUCGGUAACCUGGCUCGGGUUCGCCAUGUCAUCACCUACAGCCUCUCGCCUUUCGAGCAGCGCGCCUUCCCCAACGUCUUGUCGCACGGGCUGCCCAACGUCUGGCGCCGUUUCAGCUCCCAGGUCUUCAAGGUGGUGCCCCCCUUUCUGGGAGCCUAUCUCCUUUACUCCUGGGGAACACAAGAGUUUGAGAGACUGAAGAGGAAGAACCCCGCUGACUAUGAAAACGACCAGUAACCGAGUUAAUAAAGAGAUUGUUACCUCACUGUAUUACCAACUUCGUGUUGCUAAGCUUGUUCGCAAUGACUAGAAGGGUAUUAAGAGGGAGAUAAGUCUUGUCUAAUAAACUUUAACUUUGCCCCAUGA